AUGACAUCGCCAGCUAGGCCGCCCCCAGCGAGUUUUAUGCCAAAACUUCAUGACUCUAAACGCCUUGUCGUGGGUGAUGAUUCCGACUCUGAGAUUGAAGUGCCAGACCAAGAGGAAGAGGAUAACAUCCCCGUAAAGUCAUCGCAGUCUGUCUCAACUAGACUUCAAAACACCGUCAUUGAUGACGACGAUGAUGAUGAUGAUGAUGAACCAAUCGCUCCUCCCUCUACACUAAAACGUCGACGUCCUCCUGUUAUCGCUUUAGAUGACGAGGAUGAAGAUGAGGAUGAGGACGACGAUGACCGUCCUAUUGUCCCCCCUAGCUUGCUGAAACGCCCGCGUCCGAGAUUCAUCGAACUUGAAGACUCGAGCGACUCGGAUGCUUCACCAGUGAAAAAGAGGAAGACAUCGGUCUCAACGCCUGGUAGACUUAAGAGACCAACCUCUCUAGCUCCUUCUUCGCCCACGAAACGGGGCGCACCAAAGGGCCAUCGUUCUGAAAAGCAGAAGAAGAUGGAACUACUUCGCCGCCGAAGAGCUGGCGAGAAGAUUGAAAAGCUUACAUCUUCAGAAGAAGACUCUGAUGAGGAGAAACGUGGACUUUACGACACAGACCCAGAGGAAGAAUUCGUUGUCCUAAAGGACUUCGAUGACGAGGAGUCAGAAGGUGAAGAGCAAGAAAAGGAGGAAAAGCAUACCAAGCGAUUACGACGAAAGGAAAAGGAAAUUGAGGAGAUAAGCCAAGAGGGUAGCCAGGGGGGUGUCGAGGGUCAAGAUGGAGACGACGACGACGAUAAAGACCUCGAAGAUUUCAUCUCUGAUGACGACGAUGCUCCCCUAGGAGCUCCUGCGAACCUGGACAUUCCCCUGGAAUUCACAGCUCAAGCACAUAGGCCAUUAAAGGAUCAAUUCCCAUAUGUCAUCGAAUGGCUAGUUCACAACCGUAUCAACCCUGCGUUCGAACGCAACGAUCCUGUCUACAAUAACGCCUGGCGCAAACUGGACGAUGAGAUCCGCGCCCUCGCAUCCUCUAAAUUUGCCUCCGCCGCUUGGAAGGCCGAGUUCUACCGUACUCUAAAAGGGAGGCCUAAAAUGGAGGCUUACGAGAUGGAUCGAUCCGAAAGAAGCAAUGGCCUGUACGAUACAUGCGACGCCUGCGGUCGAAGCAACCACCCCGCCUCCUUCCGCAUUAUCUUCCAAGGACACCCAUACUACAAAAGCACCCUUGCAGACGUCGAAUCUGAUACGGAGGAUAAUGACAGUAAUGAUGACGAAGACGACGGCAACGAAAGCGAUGCCGGUUCCGUCGACACGCAAGGCAUGACGCUACCUCCGGUAACCAGAGAAUGGCAUGUAGGCGUCGUAUGCUGUAGUAACGCGGAAACCGCGCACAGUCUCAUCCAUUGGAAACACGCCCUCAAGGAAUGGGUCGAGGAGCGGCUCGAAGAUGACGGGUGGAUGGCCGCGCACAAGCUUAAGGAGCGCGAGCGCUUGAAAGCUAGGAAGCGCCGCGACCUAGCGAAUAGGAUCGUUGAUGGGUGGCGUGAGAAAGGUAUAGUAGCUGCGCUGUACAAGGAUUUUAAGAGUACGCUUGAGAGCGCGCGGAACAAGACUACGGGGGGGCGGGGAAGGGGUCGGUUUCGGUAA